AUGUGGGGUAUGGAUUGGUCCAGAUUUAACUACAUUGAUUGGUCACUGACAACAUCUCAGAGUAGCUGUGUUGCUCGAGCAAUUGAGAAAACGAACUGCGCGGCCAAUGACAGCAAGUGCAUAUGCAAGUCAGAACAUUACCUAGGUUAUCUAGAGUACUGCUCCACGAAAAAAUGCAGUUCAGCAGAUAAAGACGACGCCAUCAAGGCUGCCACCAGUGUGUGCAGCAUUGUUCUCCAGGAUAUCAAUGAAGAUGAUUCGGCAUUCAAAGUCCAAAAGCGUUCUGGCGACCACCGUGAUAGAGGUCAUUCCCAGCAUCACUCAUCUCCUGCACCAGCCCCUGUGUCGCCUGGCAACUCACCGCAAGGGCCGCAGAAGGCUGCAAACAACCCACCAAACGGACCUGCAAGAGGUCCACCAAAUCACCCUCUCCCCCCUGCUCCUGUUCCUGCUCAUCACCCGCCUGGUCCUCCUGGUCCACCAGGCCCGCCGGGUCCCCCACCCAUCACAUGGUUUACGCCAACACCAGUUCACACAGUGGUCCCCUGA